CUCAUUUAUCGCCAAUUCAUCCAAUAUCUUAGCGUCUUUCCAUCUCUCCCCACACAUACAUUAUAUAUAUUGUCUGAAAUAGUAAUCCUCCCUCUCUCUCGUCAUUGAUACACGUUUUCUGCAGCGUAUUUGCCUCCCCCUUGUUUAUAAUUAAUUAUAUGCGUAAAUUUAUUGACCAUUGAAAUGAACAGUUAACAACUGUUCUACUUUUAAUCAACCAAUCAGGUUCGAGUAUAAAAUAAAUUUCUCUGUCCCUCACUAAAAUCACCCGCUAAAUUUAAUGCCUUUAUGCUGUGUACACGCAAACACACUUUUUACCUGUCUACCUGCCUGCCUGCCUAUAACAAACCAGUCUGUUUUCUAUGCGUUCUUCUCCUCUUAGAAUUAACCUGAUACUAUAUCCUAUGAAUCGAGUAUGAUAUCGUUCUAACGGCUAGCUAAGUAUUUAAGAAUUCUCAUUAUAUUCAGGAUAGAUAUUCUCUCUGUAGGACUUUCUUGCUUGCUGUGAACACAAAUUUGUUGUAAAAAAAAACUUGAGAGUAUUGUAUAAUUUAUUCAUAUUUACUCAACAGUCUUUAUAUUAAUCAUUCUAAGCUAUCCAGUCAUAGAGUUGCAGACAUAACUACAUGUACAAACACGUGCACCUACACACACAUACACACACACAACACAUACGAAUAUUUCAUUAAUGAAUGAAUCAAGAAGUGAUGGAAUCAUAUCGGACUAAUUUAAAUAUUACGCAUACAGAAUCAUCAUCAUCAUUAUUAUUAUCUCAGACAUCAUCGCUUCUAUCGCCACCUCCAUCAUCAACAUCUUCAUCCUCAUUAUCAUUAUCGUCACCAUCAUUGAAUCGAUUAAUUGAACAAUUCACUAAUGAGGAUAAUAAUUUAAUUCAGCAGACACCUUCAACCUACUUCGACAAAACAAUAUCAACUACAACAAGGGAAAUAAAAACAAAUGUGAUAAAAAGAAAUAUUUUCUCAAAUAUGAUCAAUAAUAAUAAUAGUAGUAAUGAUAUUAUUAAUAAAGAAGACUGUACUCGUGAUAUGAAUCCUCUGUCAUUAUUAGAAAGUGCAUGUUCAUUGGCUUGUAACUAUUCUCCUUUGUGCGCAUUAACAAACUCUUUGAACAAUUUUAAAGCUGACAGUGCUAUUGCAACACUAACAACUUCUAAUAUCCCUACCACUACUAGUACUACUGAAGAUAACGACACAACUAAUAGUAGUAGUAGUAGUAAUGACUACAUUCUUCAUGGUCAGUAUCAAAGUAAAAGUCUACAGUCAAUGAAUAGGUCUACUAAACGUGGGACAGGUACACGAAAUCGUCUGCGACAUUCAAUAAAAGAUCAAGUCACAGUUACACAGCGGAAUGAGAAACUCAACAUUUUGCCUUAUCCUAAUAACAGUAUCAACAACAGUAAUGAGAAUAUUCACCAAUGGUCAAGUGAUCUUAACAAUGAUGUUGACAGUAUAUUCCACCCGAAUCGAUUAUUACUACCUAUAUCACGUAAUAGCUCAGAAAUCAUCACAAGCUUACAACAGAAUAUUUUUAGUCACGACUUCUUAAUGAAUCAUGGUGUCGACAUAAAUUCUCUUCCUUCCUCUUCUUCUUCCUCUUCUGCAACUUUUAAGAAGAAUGUGGACAACUGUACUAAUUCUGACAUUGUCAAUCAGAAUCCCCAGUGGUUAUCUAAUGAAUCCUCUUGUCGCAAAGAUUUCACGUCAAAACCUUUCAAUGAACAACAUCAAUUGCUGAAUUUCUCAGGAUUUCCUUCAUGUUCCACAUCGUCUAGAUCCAAUCUACAUGAUAGUGGAAUUAUUCCCUUAUAUGUAGAUUUACAAAAUAAUGAAAGUGGUGUUCGCAGUCAUCCUGUAGAACAACAAAUAGACGAAUUAACAAACAUUAAUAAUAACAGUAAUAAUAACGGUAGUAAUAAUAAUACUAACAAUCCUACUGAAUAUUUUAGUCAAGAAAAUCCAAGUUACUUCGAUACAAGCAAAAGUGUAUUACCAACAGCGGAUUGUAAUCAAGAUUUGCUAUCCUUUCAAUCUUCGACAACAAGUCUUCAUAACCAGAUGCAUCCAUCGAUCGACUUAUUCUCCUGCAAUACUAUUGACGAAGCUUGUGUAAAUAGGUCGAAACAACAGUCAGUAGCAAAUCUACAAGAAGUGAAUGAAAUAAAUGAUUUUACAGAUGUUAAUAAUAACAAUAAUAUUAGUAGUAAUAACCAACAGAGUAUUUAUUAUGACCGAAUGAAUAGCACAGACAAAGAAGUAGAACACUGGAAAAAUAUUUUAUACCGUCCAACAAAAUCGCCUUAUCACACUAGUCACGAUUUGAUGAAAUGUACACCAGAUACAAAUAGAAUUCAAACAUUUGUGCAGUCUGGUGAGAACUUAUCAAAUUAUUCAAACUUUACUGACAAGACAGGAUUUAUGGGUAAAUUAUGUAAUAAUACUACAGACAGUGAUCAUACAAGAAUAAUCUCAGAUCAGUUUCAUCCAGAUUGUAAUAACUCCUUUCCAUUGAAGUCAACAAAAUUACCAAUAGAAUUAUCACAAAAUUCCUCUACGUUGAUGAACUCCUCACCGCUAGUAACAUCAAUAAAUCAGAAUGAAUAUUUAACCAGUGGGAUUACAUUGUCGGAUAAUAUUUCCAAUUGUUUAUCUCCAUUAAGAUCAAACGAUUGGCGAAGUUGUAAAGUCAGCAAACAUUUGAAUGCUGAACAUUCGCCAAUGUCAUUGCCACUUACUUCAACAGAAUCACUGAAAACAUUUGAUGUUUCUAUGAAUCUAGUUAAAGAGAAUUCACAGUAUUUAAAUAAUUCCUCUCAGAGACUAUUGAGUGAAGAUAGUGGUUUCAAUAGAACAGAUUAUACUGAAUCAACUCAAGGCUAUCCUUCAUACUUGUCGUCGCAUAUUAAUCCAAUACCGGAAUCAUUCUGUAAUCAACCGUGCCAGUAUUCCCAGAAUCAAGAAACAUGUCACUACAAUAAUCAGCAGGCUAAUUUACUCAAUUUAACUAAUUCAUCCUCUGAGCUGAAUAAUGAAUCAGCUUUCCAAAAAUACGAAUGGAAAUCUCCAAAUAUGAUGAUUAUGAAUCAUGUAAGUGAACUAAUGAAUAUAUAUAAUAGUAGUAAUAAUUAUACUGCUAGUAAUGCUACAACCACUAAUAUCACUACGACUGCUACUAUUACUACUGCAACUAAUUCUGUAAUGAACACCACUACUACUACUACUUCUGUUAGUACUAUCAAUAGCAGUGGUGGUUGUGAUCCAGUGACAAAUAGCUUAGAGAUGGGUAUUAACAGUAACCUGCAUAUAAAUAAUAAAAAUUUAUCAGAAAAACUAAAUUCCCGUAUGAACAAUGAUCAACAAUUUAAUACUUUACUACAUAACAAUAGUAAUAAUCCAAAUUUAACAGAAUCCCAGCCUUAUUUGUUCCCCUCAUUAAUAUGUAAUCAGAAUACAACGACAAAUCUAAUUGACAGUAUUAAUUCUCAAUCAACAUUAAAUGAACACAUAUCAGUAGACCCGUUACAAUCGCUGUCUACAAUGCCAACAACAUCAUCAAGUCUAUUCAAUGGAAUGUUGCACAGUUUAGUACUACAGCCACCGACAUCAAUGCAACAGUUGAUCACCUCUUCAGCAUGUACAACCAAUGAAUUAAUUCAUGAGUGUAAAUUAUUCAAUUCUAGUGGUAAAUAUCAAUCAGAAAUGGCAGACGAAUUAAUGAAUAUGACAAGGACAUGUUCACCGUCACAAGUUCCAGGAUUCAUUGAUUCUUUAAACAUGAAUGGAGUGGAUUAUCCUCAAGUUGGUAGAAAUACCGAGAAUACGAAUACCACAGCUAUGUCAAACAGUAGCAAUAAUAAUGGCACUGGUAAUAAUAAUAACAACAACACAAUAAUUCCUGGAACUGGUGAGUAUCCUUCAGCUGAUGAUUUAGAGAUAUUUGCUAAAAUGUUUAAACAGCGUAGAAUUAAACUGGGCUAUACACAAGCCGAUGUUGGUCUAGCUUUGGGUACACUAUACGGGAAUGUAUUCAGUCAAACAACUAUAUGCCGUUUCGAAGCCUUGCAAUUAUCGUUUAAAAAUAUGUGUAAACUAAAACCGUUAUUGCAGAAAUGGUUACAUGAAGCCGAUUGUUCCACAGGGACAACAAAUAAUCUUGAUAAAAUUACAACACAAGGACGUAAACGUAAAAAGCGUACAAGUAUAGAAAUUGGUGUCAAAGGUAUCCUAGAAAAUCACUUUGUUAAACAACCGAAACCAUUAGCCCAAGAUAUUAUCCAAUUAGCUGAUGUAUUAGGCUUAGAAAAAGAGGUGGUGCGUGUAUGGUUUUGUAAUAGACGACAAAAACAGAAACGACUGAAUCCUCUACUACUCGGUUCCGGUUUGAAUUCCAAUGAGGAUAGUACAUGUGGAAGUAUGAAUAAUGACGAUGAUGAUGACGAUGUCAGCUAUGAAGAUGAUGAUGAUGACAGUGAUGAUGACAACGAUGAUGAAGUAGAAGAAGUGGAAAGGAAUAAUAAUCCACAGGAAGAUGAAAACCACCUUCGAAAUGGUAAUGAUCAACUUGAUGCACAUAUGGAAGAGAAACAGAUUACCAAUCAUGUACAGAAUAAAAAUCAAACAAAUAAUGAUUUAAACGGUGAUGGUGACUACAGAAAACCAGAGAAUAUUUCAGAGCAUAAUUUAUAUGAAAGUGAAAAUCACUCGGAUGUAUCCAAUAGUCAAUCGAUGAAACACAACUCCUCAAUGAAACGUUCAAGGCGUCGAAUAAAUCAAUCACUUACCCCGAUUAAUUUUAAUUGUAAUUUUACUAAUGAUCAAUUGCCAGUUAAUUCUAACCAUAAUAUGUACGCGAUGUCAUGCUGUUUGUCAUCGUCAUCCUCAUCCUCGACAUCAUCAUCAACGUGUUCCUCUCAGCUGCCAUCAUUACAUUCUACAUUUUGUGUAAGCAAUUCAAAUCAAUUAUUGUCGUCGAAUUAUCCUACUUACAGUAGUACAUUAUUGCAUAAUUUACCAUUUCAUAAUACAUCACAGAGUUUAAUAAAUACAGAUCAUUUACUUCAAAAAUAUCCAUUAAUAUUCCCUGAUAAUGACAGUGUAAAUCGAAGUGAUAAUACUAACAAUGAUAGUAAUAACAGUGAUACAACCAACGGGCUCUUAGGUCUACAGAUGAAGCCAUUCUACGCACCGUCGAAUAAUUUAUUAUAUAACACGAAUGGAUUGAAUACUGAGGGCCAUUCACUGGACAAUAGUGUCGUCGACUAUAUCACUACAGAGCAGUCAAUGAAUAAUUCAUUUAUCCCGUCUAAUCUAAACUUUAACCAACAUCGUACAAAUUUUAUGCCGUCUAGUGUAACACCGCCAUUUCAUCAUAAUACUUAUACACAUGAUAUGAUGAUGAAUUAUAAUACACAAUUAGAAACUGCCAAUAUAUCGAAUGGAUUAACAAGUCACCUGAAUCCAAGUGAAAUCUCUGCAUAUCAUGAAGAAAGCAUUAAUCAGCCUGGUUUACUGAAUGAUAAUGCAUCAUCCAUGCCUGGCUGUAUAAGCGAACAGACAAAUUAUCCAGUUGACAUUGGAAUGAAUAUUGAAGCCUAUAAUGCCAACCAGUCAACAUUAAUUUCAAAUAUUUUUAUGCAUUCAAGAAAUAAUCCUUCUGUAACUGAUCCUGUCACUAUGAAUGACAACGUCUUUAUUUAUCCUGCAUCAAAUCAGUAAUGGAAGUUAUGCAGAUUUUGCAAAAGAAAAAAAAAGAAGCACAACAGCCAGCGGCUAAGGCAUUCAUUCAGAGGAGAUUCAGACACAUGCAUACUAUCAACGGUGGUGAAGAAUAUGGUUACAACUGAAUAGUUGCUCAUUUUCUCUCUUAUUCUCUUCGUCUUUUUUUCUGUGUCAAUCAGGUGAGUGGAAACUUUUUUCUCUCUCUUUAUUUUCCCCUUCCCAAUUUUUAUUUUGAUAAUCAGGAUGAUAUUGCACUUAAAUAAUCGAUUGAUUACACAAUGUCUUUCUAACCUUAAACUAUUCAUUUAAGAUUUAUUCAAUCCGCCAGUAUUACAAACACAAUUCCAUGUAUCAGGUCACCCAUCGUCACUCACUGCUGUAAUCACUCAAUCAUAGAAAACGAUUACACUUGGUGUUGUAUAGUCCGUGAAGAUGUGCUGAUGCAUGUGUGUGUGUGUAUAUUUUUCUACUAAAACAAAAAUUUUCCUUUGGACAUACAAAAUGAAGCAUAAACGGAAUUGGAGCGACUCUCAUAAACUGAUAAAUGAAAUAAAAAGAAAACUGGUGAAAUCAUUAACUAAUUAACAACCCUUCUGAUUUCUAGAUCUUAAUGAAACUAAUAACAGCACUGAUAGUGUUUGUGGAAAGAAUAAUGGUGUACAUAGUUGAUAAAUUAUGAAAUAGACUUAUUGUACUUUAAAAUAUUCUGCCUUUUUGCAGACAACUGUUAAAAUAACAUUAAAUUACUACUACUAUUGCUACUUCUACUGCCUAACCAAACUUCUUCAUUUCCUUCUCUUUUAUUUCUUAUUCUUCCUGUUAUUAUUAAACAGGUGAUAAGUUGAACCAACGUAAAUAUAAACUAUUGCCUAUUUUCCACUUUAUUUGUGUUUCUUCUCUUCCCUUUUUUUUGCUGAUGUUUUGUUUGUUUAUCUUUCACUGAAUGAAAUUAUUAAUUAAUACCUCUGAUUGUUAUUCAAUGUGUUACAGUAUCUUGUUGUAGGAUAGGUUUCAUAAAUUGUCCAGCGGGGAUGAAUAGGAACAAUGUAUACGCGAAGAGUAGUGGUAGCAGUAGCGGCAAUAGUAUUCUAUUUAUCGUUGUUAUCGAUUAGGG